ACCUGGGCGGCCCCGGGAGCGCGAGCGGGGCAGAGUCGCCAGUGCCGGUGGAGAGAGGGAAGGCUCGCGAUAGAGUCCUGCUCUGUCACCCUGAAUGGAGUGCAGUGGUCCCAUCCUAGCUCAUUCCAGCCUCAAACUACUGAGCACAAGCAGCCCUCCUCCCUCAGCCUCCUGAGCAGCUGGGACUACAGCAGCUGCAUUGGGGAGUUGGAUAGAAAGUGACUGGAGCAGAGGAGCCAGGAGGAUGUGGGCUCCAGGUCCUGAGCUGAUGGUGCUCUGCAGGACAAAGCUGGAGCCUUGUUGCUCUCUGUGAAAUCUGGGAAGACCUUUUGGAGAAGGUAGGUGAUGCUCUGAUGCUGCUGCCUCUCAUCAAGCUGACAGGAAGGGCAGAGAGAGAAUAAACUGUGUCUAAGACUGGUCCAGAGAGGGAGCCUGCUGGGAAUGCCGUAGGAACAACAAGCAACCUGUCUGGCAAGGAAUACAGUGUCCUUCUGAGAACAUCUUCUCAACAUCAUCCUGUGGACCAGUACUUCCUCAUGGCAAAGGGCACAUAGAAUUUUGCUGUCAGCUACCCAAUACUUUUGCUGAGCCAAAAUAAGACUACUGCUGCAGAACUCAGUGGGAUAUAGUACAUCAGUUCAUUUUUGGACCUUCUAAUCUUUCUGGUUGCAGUCUUAGUUAUUUAGCCUUGAGAAUUUUAAGCCACAUUUUUUGCUAUUACUUUUGCAUGCACUUUUCAAAAUGAUUGACUUAAGCUUCCUGACUGAGGAAGAACAAGAGACCAUCAUGAAAGUUCUACAGCGGGAUGCUGCCCUAAAGAGGGCUGAAGAGGAGAGAGUCAGACAUUUGCCUGAAAAAAUUCAGGAUGAUCAGCAGCUGAAGAAUAUGAGUGGCCAAUGGUUUUAUGAAGCCAAGGCAAAAAGGCACAGAGACAAAAUCCAUGGUGCAGAUAUCAUCAGGGCAUCAAUGAGGAAGAAAAGGCUCCAGGUUGCAGCUGAGCAGAGUAAGGACAGAGCAAACGUGGAGAAGGAAAGCUGGGUGAAUAAUGUCAACAAAGAUGCUUUCCUUCUCGCAGAGCUAGCUGGCGUUGCAGAGGAGCCAGAAGAAGAUGCAGCACCAGCAAGCUUGAGUUCCACUGUGGUCAAUCCAGCUUCCUCUGUGAUUGGUAUGUCCCAGGAAAACACAAGGAAACCAGCUGUGUCUCCAGCUAAGCAAAGGAAUAAUCCGUUUAAUAGUUCUAAGUUGCCAGAAGAUCACUCAUCGCAAAAAACCAUAAAUGAACAGUCAAAAAAUGGAAGAGCUGGUUUAUUUCAGACUUCAAAAGAGGGUGAAUUUUUGGAGUCAGAAGGAAAGUCACCUCUCCUAGAUACUUCAAGCCAAAUGUUGGAGAAGUCCAAGCAGACUUUACCAGGCCCUUCAAAUGGAUCCCCAGUUAAAGCUCCAAUCCCCAAAGCCAGGAAAAUGAUCUACAAAUCAAAUGAUUUAAACCAUGAGGAUAGCCAGUCUUUCCCUAGACAAAGGACAGACUCCCUGAGCACAAGGGGGGCUCCAAGAGGGAUCCUCAAGCGCAACUCCAGUUCCAGUAGCACAGACUCAGAAAUUCUUCGUUUUAAUCACAACUUGGAACCCAAAAGCAAAAUUGUAUUGCCUGCCCUAACCAUCCAUGAGAGAAUUUCUGAGAAGAAGCAUUCUUUGGAAGAUAACUCUACUCUAAACUCGCUGGAGCCAUUAAAGCAUGUGAGGUUCUCUGCAGUGAGGGAUGAACUUCUGCAGAGUCCUGGGCUAGUCCGUGGCCGGGAAGUGGGAGAAUUUAGUGUUUUAGAAAAUGACAGAUUGAAGAAUGAAAAAGAACAUGCGGGUGGCAUGGAUGAGUUUCAGAAUGAUCCUAAGACAUCCCAAUACAGAAAGCCUUUGCCUUUUCAUCAGUCAGCCUCAAACGCAAAUACAUCAAAAAAUGAAACACAUCAGCCAAUGACUUCGGGUUCUUUUCCAAUUAAUGGACUUCAUUCUCAUUCAGAAGUUGUAACUGCAAGACCACAGUCCAUUGAGAAUUCAUCCACCACCAGCAAACACAAAGAAGACUCAUCAGCAUUAACAAGACUUGAAUCAGAAUUGCCCAAAAGCCCUGCUGGUGAACAGGCUCAUUGCAUUAAGCCUGAACCAUCUCAGGUACUAGGUUGCAGUUCUAGAGACCAUCAGCAAGGUAAGCCUUCUCCUCUCCCGGCUCUAAAAGCUAAGACAUUCUCACGCCCUGAUCCAAAUGCCACUGAGAUAAGGAAGACAACUGAUGAUUCCAUAUCUAAAGUCCUAGACUGGUUUAACCGAAGUGCUCAUUCACAUGACAAUAAGCCAUCCCUUCAACAUCCCCAUGGAAUAGAGCCUGAAGAAAAAACAGGCUCCAAAUCACAGGUUGCUAUUGCCUUGGUGACCGAUGACAACAAUCUAAAAGAAAAUGGCGCAAAGGCCCUAUCAUCCACCAAGGUUGAACUGAAGCCAGUGAGAUCUGACGCAGCAUUCCAGGUAGAAAGUGACAUGCUGCUUUCUGGAAAUGGCGAAGAAAGCGAUGUGAAUAUCCAGUCCAAAUCUAUGAAUUUGUCCCCACAACACACCUCAAAGGAAGGCCUGGGUGGACUGCAAACAUUUGAAAGCUAUGGUGCCUCAAGUCAAAGGAAUAAAAAUAAGGACGAUAGCCAAGAUACCAAAAGCAUAGGAAAUGGGGUAUCUCCUCCGGCCAAUAACCAUUCCUUCAGUGCUCCCAAGAGAUCUGAUGCAGAAGACCAGGCUCCAUGCAAUACCAGGAAUAUUGGCAGCUUUGGUGAAGAAGAACCCAAGCUUUAUGUUUAUGGUAAAAACAGAAGAGACUCAGAAGUGAAUUUUGACUCCUUAAUAGUUUUCCAAGAACCAAGCUUGAAAGCAGAUAGAAAGAGCAAAGGAGGAAAUACUCACAUCCUGAAAGCUUCCUUAGAGCCAGAAAACGUUGAUUCACCACAUGGAGUUGCCAGCAAUGGAUCCCCUUGGAAGAAACCUGUGGUCCAAGUACAAGAAGCUGAUGAGGUUCCCAAGAACCAAGUGCAAAGGGAGAAAUAUGAAAGAGUGAGUGACAGAAUAUCCUUUUGGGAAGGAGAGAAAGCUACUAAGUUAACUCACAAAGAACUCACAUCUUUAGGUAGUUCGGAACAACCCUCUGCUAAAGCAUGUCAGCCUGUGAAGCCACAGAGUAUGUCCAUAGACAGUUUAUCUACAGGCCAGAGUGAAUGUAAUCGUGUGACUGCCAAACGAGUGGUCCUAGAUGAGGAUGAUCAAGCACCCCCACUCUCCAGUUUUUACUCCUCAAAUAAAUCUAAGAAGACUAGGCCCCAAAUAUCAGAUCCACCCCAAAACCAUUCUUCAGCUGACCAAUCAGGCAAAGUGUCUCUGUUUCAGAUUCAGACCAAUGAGUCUGUAAAAAGACCACCAGUGGUAGACAGUUUGCAUUCUAGAAAAGACAUUUUACCAGCAUUGCAACAUUCUUCGAAUGUUGGGAAUAAAAUGCCCACUCCUUUUGAGAAAGACAAACCUCUAGUUGGUGAAUCAAAUGCCAACUUUAAAGUUAUGUCCCUAAAAGAAAGAAUGGAUGGAUCCAGUGCAGAACAGGUCUAUAAUCACUCUCAGUUUGAGAAUCUGAGAAAGUUUUGGGACUUAGAAGCUAAUCCCAACAGUAAGAAUAGUGGUGAGAAGAAUACUGCCACACCAAGCCAAAAACAUUCUGUGCCUUUUAGUAGCCAGAAACACAAAGAAUUCAGUGACAUUAAAUUAUCAGGGGAAAAUACCCACACAUUUGAAUACCCAAGCCAAAAAAAAGUUACUGCAAGAGAGGAAAUGGGGAAAUCAAAUUCAAAGUGCAUGCUCCAGGUGCUACCAGAUGAAACCACAUUUCCAUUGAGACCACCCAAAAAGUCUACUUAUCAGUUGCCAGGAAAUGAAUCAUCAAAGGAAAAUGUGGAAAAGAAUAUGGAAUGGGUCCUUACUCCAGUGUUCAAGGAAGAAAAGGUUUACUCAGACCCAGAGAUUCAAGAAUCCAUAGUAAAAACAAGUGUUUUGUCUGAAAGUUACAAAGACACUUUUAAUGAUAGCUUACAGAAACUUCUUUCAGAAGCUUUACCACCAGCAAUUCAACCUUCUGUUGAAAAUGGAAAACCAGUUUCUGAAAAUGAGACACUGCCGCUCAAGACAGAUUUUGCUGAUACUGGGGAAGAAGCCAAAGGACCCAAGAAGAUCACCAGUGAGGAUGCAGACAAGACAGUCAAACAGAGCACUCUGAGUGCUAGUCUUAACGAAGCAACUGGAACUUCAUCCUCUCCCUUACCACCCAAACUGGAACCCAUUACCACUAGAAUUGACUCUGAGCCUAAAAAGGGGAGAUUUUUUGAAAAAGAGAUAGAACAAAGUCACAACACUUCAGCUUAUCAGAGAGAGACAGGGACUCCUUUUCCAGAGGGAGGUGAAACUUUGGGAAAUACAGCUCUCCCCCAGAAAGCUGAAAGUGGUGGGUGCCAGCUAAACAUGGAGAACUUGCUUCGGAUGGCUGCAGAAGACUCUCACCCAUUGGACCAGCCUUCUGAUCUUUACAGAAAGGGUUCUUUGGGAGAUGUGGCCAACUCUCCCCAAGAUAGGGCACUGUCUUCUCAAAGGGAAAUUUCAGAGACUGUAGAGAAAGUCAUUCUUCCACCCAGACCUGCACUGAAGGAUAUAAAUGCUGCAUUACAGAAGCUGCAGAGAGAAGCUGAAUUGAGUUACCCAGAUGGUAGGGAAGGGGGUCCUGGAGAAGUGAAACCAGAAUUUCCUAAAGGAGUACUGGCAGCAGGUAGCCCCACAAAUCCUCUGGGAGUGAUCCUACCCAGGGCUGCAAUGGACACCGUAGUUGCAGAUAGGGUGGAUUUUUAUUCCCUCAGUGUAGUUCCUGGUAAAACUCAUGAAGUUGGAUCUUAUUCAGCUGCCCCAGUGUCACCAGCAGAACAGACGCUUAGCUCAUCUGGUUUCACUGUUAUGCAGUAUGGCAAAGAUCUACCUCAGGAAGUGGUAGAAAUUGUGAGGGAAACAAUUAUUCAACCCAAAUUGGAGUUCCUUGAAUUCAAUGCUGGCUUAGAAAAACUACUUAAGGAAACAAGUGAAAUCCCCCUCUCAAGACAUGAAAGUGAUACAGGGACUCUUUGCCCAUCAAAGUUAAUAGGUAGUACAGAGGAGCCCAGGCAAGCUGCUUCUGAAUUCCAUCCUGAGGAAAUAAAAGAAACCAUAGAAAAGGCCGAGGCUCCAUCCAUAACUGAGAGUGCUUUUGAUACUGGUUUUGAGAAACUUCUUAAAGAAAUAUCUGAAGCUCCUCCUCAUCAGUUCCAGGUGUCAGUAAAGGAAGAAACUCCCAGGAAGGAGCCCUCACAGUCAGAGCAGGCCAGAUUCUUGGGGCCAGUGCUCCCUUUUUACACUUCAGCCUCCUCUGAAGUGAAAGUUAAAAGUAAUGGUUUGGAAUCUCAAGUUAGCCAAUGUGAUAAAGUAUUAAGAGGAGAUGAAGCUGUGACUGAUUUAUCAGUAGGUCUUUGUGGUUCUGAAUGCAGAGUUGAGAUUUCUGGAACCCCACAACUUUAUGUGGAUCAUGAAAUAGAGACAAUUAAGUCUAUACGAACCACAGAGGGCAGGGACAGUAAAAGAGAGGUUGCAGAGAGACCAGGGGCUUUGCAGGAACCUGGCUUCGAAGAGGCUCCCAAAGCAAUUAUUUUGUCCAGAAAUAGGCAAACCAUUUCUCUCCUGACAAACAAAGAAAAUCCUACAAAAACAAGUAAAAUUGAAUUGAUUCUUGAAUCACCAUAUAAGAAACAAGAGAAAGGGGAAGAAAAAGGUUUCUCUGACUCUGAUUUUUCAGAUGGAAACACCGGUUCUAAUGUGGAAAGCUGUAGAAAUACCUCCAGUUCAGAAGAAGAACCCAGUCCUGUUUUGAAAACUUUGGAAAGGAGUGCUGCUAGGAAAAUGCCUUCCAAAAGUCUAGAAGAUAUUUCAUCAGAUUCACCAAAUCAAGCAAAAGUAGAUAAUCUGCCAGAAGAAUUAGUACAUAGUGCUGAAGAUGAUCAAAAAGCAGAUCAGGAAGCAGAUACAAAUGAAUGCAUACCAGGAAUUUCCACAGUGCCUGCACAGCCUGAUAAUCCAUUUUCCUACCCUGACAAACUCAAAAGGAUGAGCAAGUCUGUUCCAGCAUUUCUCCAAGAUGAGAGUGAUGACAGAGAAACAGAUACAGCAUCAGAAAGCAGUUACCAGCUCAGCAGACACAAGAAGAGCCCAAGCUCUUUAACCAAUCUUAGCAGCUCCUCUGGCAUGACGUCCUUAUCUUCUGUGAGUGGCAGUGUGAUGAGUGUUUAUAGUGGAGACUUUGGCAAUCUGGAAGUUAAAGGAAAUAUUCAGUUUGCAAUUGAAUACGUGGACUCACUGAAGGAGUUGCAUGUUUUUGUGGCCCAGUGCAAGGACUUAGCAGCAGCAGAUGUUAAAAAACAACGUUCAGACCCAUAUGUGAAGACCUAUUUGUUAUCAGACAAAGGCAAAAUGGGCAAGAAGAAAACACUUAUAGUGAAGAAAACCUUGAAUCCUGUGUAUAAUGAGAUACUGCGGUAUAAAAUCGAAAAGCAAAUCUUAAAGACACAGAAGCUGAACCUGUCUGUUUGGCAUCGGGAUACAUUUAAACGUAAUAGUUUCCUAGGGGAAGUGGAACUUGAUUUGGAAACAUGGGACUGGGAUGACAAACAAAAUAAACAAUUGAAGUGGUACCCUCUGAAGAGAAAGACAGCACCAGUUGCCCUUGAAGCAGAAAACAGAGGUGAAAUGAAGCUAGCUCUUCAGUAUGUCCCAGAGCCCAUCCCUGGUAAAAAGCUUCUUACAACUGGAGAAGUACAUAUCUGGGUGAAGGAGUGCCUUGAUUUACCACUGCUAAGGGGAAGCCAUCUAAAUUCUUUUGUUAAAUGUACUAUCCUUCCAGAUACAAGUAGGAAAAGUCGCCAGAAGACGAGAGCUGUAGGGAAAACCACCAACCCUAUCUUCAACCACACCAUGGUGUAUGAUGGUUUCAGGCCUGAAGAUCUGAUGGAGGCCUGUGUAGAACUUACUGUCUGGGACCAUUACAAAUUAACCAACCAGUUUUUGGGAGGUCUUCGGAUUGGCUUUGGAACAGGUAGAAGCUAUGGGACUGAAGUGGAUUGGAUGGACUCUACGUCAGAGGAAGUUGCUCUCUGGGAGAAGAUGGUAAAUUCUCCCAACACUUGGAUUGAAGCAACACUGCCUCUCAGGAUGCUUUUGAUUGCCAAGAUUUCCAAAUGAGCCCACAAUUCAGUGACUCCUCCACUGAAAACUACUAAACAAGUGGGAUCUGAUCUUCAAAAUCUGACUACCUGGACAAAGAUCCUCACUUUAUCUAUUGCCACCAAGGAAUACUACACAGCAUGUAAAAGUCAAUCUGCAUGUGCUUUUUUGAUUUCAAGGCCCAAAGGACUUAAAUAAUGACAAAAUAUAGAACUUACUUGUGAAUCCAACAUUAAAGAAGAUAUUUGAGCAAGCUAGGAAAAUUGAACUGCUGCUGCCACUUCAAAGAAAAAGCUGCCAAAAAAAUAUUAAAUGCGGGAUAUCGUUAACAAGCAAAAUGUUAACGUGUUUAACAUCAUGUGUUAAAGCCAUCAUGUGUUUCGUACCACAAUCUUGUAUGACAGUUAAGAGAGCCAUUGAAAAUCCUUGCAGUAACUUGUAACUCCUAACUUAUAAAUUUGGUAUAUCGUAGAAAAGUGACAGGUGAGGAAAGGCAGAACGUCAGUGAUAAAGAAUUGGACCAUAAGAAAACUAUUUACUCCUUAAUAUCUAAUACAAUAUGGAAUUCCAUGUUAGGACAAUGACACUGUAUUUACUGCAUAUAUUUCUGCCUUGAAAAGCAGCUUAUCCCUUUUUCUAAAGUGCUGUAACGGAAGUCUCAAAUGUACUUUGGUGCCACCCAUUGGCCAUAGGUGGUAUUCAGUUCUUGGCUUAUUUUGACUUAAUUCUAUUUUAAAAUAGGUCUCAAAUCUUUAUUUUGUAAGAAUUAUGUUUUAAAAAACACCCUGCAUAUAUAUGAUUGUUUUUAAUAUAACUUCACUAUAUUCAAGAAGCAUAAUAUUAGUCACAGGGGAGUUUUGCAAUAAACUUUUAAUUAGAAUGAGUUGUUCCAAUUAUACUGUACUUACUAUGUAUGUAAAAUUUUCAUAAAGUAUUUUGUAAAAAGCCUUAAAAUAAAUUAUCACAUGAUUUAAAUUGUA